UCCUGCUCUCCCUCCCUCACUACUGCUUCCGACUUUCACACACAUGCAGAGAGAGCAAGAAGUGCCUCAUUUGACCCAGCUGACUCGUUUGUGGACUUUUCUUUAUCUUGCCGUUUUAAUAAGCUUUGAGGGUUGAAUGAAGUAGAGGUCAUCGUUAGGGCUUCUUUCCUUCCCAUUUCCCUCCAUCUGUGUGUGUGAGUGUGCGAGAAGAAGAGGAGCAGGAUGAUUGCAGCUCAGUUACUAGCCUACUACUUCACUGAACUCAAGGAUGACCACAUUAAAAAGAUUGACAAGUACUUGUACGCAAUGCGAUUCUCUGAUGAGACGCUUUUGGACAUCAUGAAGCGCUUCCGCAUGGAGCUGGUCAAGGGAUUAAGCCGUGAUACCUACACUACCUCAUCCUUAAAAAUGCUGCCGACGUUUGUGCGCUCCAUUCCCGAUGGUUCCGAGAAAGGAGACUUCAUCGCAUUGGAUUUGGGAGGAAGUGCCUUCAGGAUCCUUCGCGUCAAAGUCAGUCACGAGAAGAAGCAGACCGUUCAGAUGGAGAGUGAAACAUACGACACGCCGGAGGACAUAAUGCAUGGGAGUGGAACAAAAUUAUUUGACCAUGUUGCAGAGUGUCUGGGUGACUUCAUGGAAAAACAGAAAAUUAAGGACAAGAAGCUGCCAGUUGGCUUUACCUUCUCCUUCCCUUGCCGACAAACCAAACUUGACGAGGGUACUCUGAUAACGUGGACUAAGCGCUUCAAGGCGAGUGGAGUGGAGGGCAUGGAUGUCGUCCAGCUGCUCAACAAAGCCAUCAAACAACGAGGAGACUAUGCAGCUGAUAUCAUGGCUGUGGUGAACGAUACUGUUGGAACUAUGAUGACUUGCGGCUUUGACGACCAACGCUGUGAAGUCGGAAUUAUCAUCGGAACCGGUACUAACGCAUGCUACAUGGAGGAGUUGCGUCACAUCGAUCUGGUAGAGGGCGACGAAGGAAGAAUGUGUGUGAACACGGAGUGGGGGGCCUUUGGAGACGAUGGCUUGCUGGAGGACAUUCGGACGGAGUUUGAUCGAGAGAUCGAUCGAGGUUCACUCAACCCCGGCAAACAGCUGUUUGAAAAGAUGGUUAGCGGACUGUACAUGGGAGAGCUGGUUCGUCUAAUUCUAGUCAAGAUGGCCAGAGAGGGUCUGCUGUUUGAAGGAAGGAUCACUGCUGAGCUUCUUACUAAAGGGAAGAUUGAGACCAAGCACGUUUCUGCCAUUGAGAAGAGUAAGGAGGGAUUAACAAAGGCCAAAGAGAUUUUAACCAGACUUGGUGUGGAGCCCUCAGAUGAUGACUGCUCUGCCGUUCAACAUGUUUGUACCAUUGUGUCUUUCCGCUCUGCCAAUCUAAUAGCGGCGCUACUUGCGGGCAUCCUCAAGAGACUCAAGGAAAACAAAGGUGUGGCCCGACUGCGCACCACUGUUGGCAUUGACGGAUCUCUCUAUAAGAUGCACCCACAGUAUGCCCGUCGUCUUCAUAAGGCUGUUCGUCGGCUGGUCCCGGACUCGGAUGUGCGAUUCCUCCUGUCCGAAAGCGGUAGUGGCAAAGGAGCUGCCAUGGUGACGGCUGUGGCGUACAGACUCGCCGAUCAGUCACGGCAAAUCGCACAAACACUAUCGGAAUUCCGCCUGACGACCGAUCAGCUGCUAGAGGUAAAGAGGCGAAUGAGGGCUGAGAUGCAAAAUGGCCUUUCAAGGGCAACUCAGGAAUCUGCUACUGUCAAAAUGUUGCCGACGUUUGUGUGCAGCACUCCUGAUGGAACAGAAAAUGGUGAUUUCCUGGCUUUGGAUUUAGGAGGAACUAACUUUAGAGUACUGAUGGUCAAAAUUCGCUCUGGAAAGAAAAGAACAGUGGAGAUGCACAACAAGAUAUACGCCAUUCCUCUAGAAGUGAUGCAAGGAACAGGUGAAGAGCUGUUUGAUCACAUUGUGCAUUGUAUAAGCGACUUCCUGGACUACAUGGGUAUGAAAAACACUCGUCUUCCCCUUGGCUUCACCUUCUCCUUCCCCUGCCUUCAGACAAGCUUGGAUGCUGGCAUCCUGGUGACAUGGACCAAAGGGUUCAAGGCGUCAGACUGUGAAGGCGAAGAUGUGGUGGGGCUUUUGCGAGAGGCCAUCAAAAGGCGAGAGGAGUUUGACCUGGAUGUUGUAGCGGUAGUCAAUGACACAGUAGGCACCAUGAUGACCUGUGCGUACGAAGAGCCCACUUGUGAAGUUGGACUCAUUGCUGGCACUGGAAGUAAUGCGUGCUACAUGGAGGAGAUGAGAAACAUUGAGAUGAUCGACUCCAACGAAGGGCGGAUGUGUGUUAAUAUGGAAUGGGGAGCCUUUGGUGAUAAUGGAUGCUUAGAUGACAUCAGGACCGAGUAUGAUGUCAUGGUGGAUGACUUCUCUCUUAAUCCAGGCAAACAAAGAUACGAGAAAAUGUGCAGUGGUAUGUACCUCGGAGAAAUAGUGCGGAACAUUCUAAUAGAUUUGACCAAGAGGGGCUUCCUCUUCAGAGGGCAAAUUUCAGAGACACUCAAGACUAGAGGCAUCUUUGAAACAAAAUUCCUCUCUCAGAUUGAAAGUGACCGAUUGGCGUUACUUCAAGUGAGGUCGAUCUUACAACAUUUGGGGCUUGAUAGCACUUGUGAUGACAGUAUCAUUGUCAAAGAGGUAUGUGGAACUGUGUCACGCCGAGCUGCUCAGCUCUGUGGGGCAGGGAUGGCGGCAGUAGUUGAUAAGAUCAGAGAAAACCGUGGAUUGGACCAUUUACGUAUCACCGUAGGGGUGGAUGGCACACUUUACAAACUGCAUCCACACUUCUCUCGGAUAAUGCACCAAACUGUCAAGGAACUGGCCCCUCACUGCCAUGUCAACUUCCUGCUGUCGGAGGACGGCAGCGGCAAAGGGGCAGCGCUCAUCACGGCCGUGGGAGUCCGCUUGAGACAAGAGCUCAACAGCUAAUAAUUGUUGCUCUAUGACCUCUUCACUUGAAUGCUAAAUGGCCCCUUGAUGCUCUUACCCACUCAAACGUCAAAGUCCAGGAGCUAUUUUAAUGUAGAAAAAUAGACUACAAUCACCAUAAUAUUAAACAAUACAGAAAUGAUAAUGGCUCGUACAUGUCUCCUGAAAUUCUGCUCUGUGGUGUGUAAUGUUGCCACCAUCAGGAUUUUCCAGUUAAUGGCAGGCUGGGAACAGUAAAGAAUGUCUGAUUCCAGGGUGAUUUUUAGUAGCUGCAGGAUCAUUUGAACAUUCUGUACCAAAGUAAGAAUAUGUCAGCCUAAAAAGACAUGAACACAAUAUGUAAAAGGGAAUUUUGUUGUUGUUGAUUUAAAGCUUUUCAGAUGUUAUUUCAGGAUACAACAGAUUUAACACAUACAACAGAUUUGACACAUGUAGUGCUGUUAUUUAUUUUAUUUUUAUAUCUGGAGAUGAUUAAAUGCUGCAAUAAUGAUGCACGCACACCCACAGAGGCACAUGGUGAAACCUUUUUUUUUUUUUCUUUUUUAAUCAUCUCAUUCCUGUAUUCAUGAACACGGAACAUUCAAUCUCUGCUGCGGUGACAUGAUCACUAUUCUGUAAUCUCCUGUACUCUACUGUAAAAAUCUCCAAAGAACACUUGUAUUUUCCAAAGUAUAUGUGCACUGUUGCAUCCUACACAGAGGGAAUCCAUCAGUUAAUUAGCUAGAGCAAUGGAAGUGUUUGAGGUGUUAUCAAGGGUGCCAGUGGCAAAUUAUGCUCUCAGAAACUUUAAAUAGAUUUUAAAAGCUUCUGCUGAAGAGGCUUUUAAAUAUCCCCACUUCCUGAAUCUCAGGAUCAUGGUAUUUAAAAAGUUGUAUGUUUUUUUUUUCUUUGUUUCCCGUUUAUGUUGACCACCGCUGGUGUCCCUCAGGGGUCAAUUUUUGGUCCAUAGUCGUUUGGAAUUAUUAUGCAGUUGGUGAGUCCGCUUUCACAAUAUCAAAGAUAUAUAUAAAAAAAAAAAUUAAGUAUUGUAAGAUUUCAAGAAGAGACAUACUGAGGUUUAAUGUACAUGCUUUUAAUUUUAGAACAUGUAAAGCUGCUACAGUAAUGUACAUAAGUAUAAAAUCAGGUUUAUGUGGGCAGGAGAAUCCCAACCAAAUACCAGUGAGCACCCAAAAGUAAAAGUCAACCAAAUAAUCACUCCAUUAUUACUCUUGUCAGUAUUGAUGACAUAAACACUUGAAUUCCUUUACUGUCUCUGUCCAACACUGUCAAUCAUCCACGAAAUACAAUUAAACUGAUGUCUAAA